AUGGGCGAUGUACGCACAAAUUUAUGCCAAAUAGAAUACAAAAUAACCUGUUUUAUAGAAACCGGACGCUUGUCAUCGUCUUGGUGCGUCGCUUCCCUCCAUGUCCUCGCCAACGCUGACGAGCUCGAAGCUUGCAAGCUGCAAGGCUGCCUUAUGAAGAAUGACUAUCAGCAAUCGAGGUGCGAGAACAUAAUCGACGAAUUAUACAUUUGCUGUGGACGUCAUUACAACAAAACACAACAGAAGAUUGAUAGCUGCCCAAUAGAAUCAGUACUCCAUAGGAAGUUGAAGGAUAGAGGUUUAGGCGAUAAGGUUUAG